AUGCCAAUGGUAUGGAAUGACGAGGCCGACGCGCGGCUGUUUACCGCUGUGCUCGCCACCACGGACGUCAAGAUCGACUGGAAGGCGGUUGCUGCGCUCAUGGGUCCUGAAUGCACGACCAAAGCCCUAAACCACCGCAUUGCGGCCAUCAAGAAGAAAGCUGGACUGUUGGCUACUGGAGGCGGCAUCGCAUCCCCCACCCCAGCCAGUCCUGCCACUCCCGCGUCCGCUAAGAAAGCAACCCCACGUAAGCGUGCCGCGAAAGGAGCCAUGGAAGCCGAAGCCGAAGACGACGAAAACGACGACAAUGGCGCCCCAGUAUCCAAGAAAGCGAAAGCGAAGAAGACCAGCACGCCUAAGGUCGCUAAGAAGGCUGCUCCGACGGCUGCAGAUGCCACGCACAGCAAGGGAUGUAAGAAGGUCAAGUGCGAGAGUGAGGAUGAGGAUGAUGGUGCGCAAGAUUGA